AUGUAUCCAAACUUUCAUUACACAUCAUCUUUCCCACAACAACAGCAACAACAAUCUCAACCAAUUCAAUGGGGGUAUCAACCAUCAUUUUAUAAUGGAUAUAGAGCAAAUGCACCGAUUAUUCUAGCUCAACCAGUGCCUGUAGUUCAAAAUUAUCUAACACCCCUACAGCAACAACAACAACAACAGCAUCGAAUUGAUACACAACUAUCAUCAUAUCCACCUUCCAUGAAAACAUAUAAUCGUUUUCGUAAUGCUUUUUCAUGUUCUCAUCAACAAGAUUCAAAUAAUUCUGAUGACGAAUAUCUUUAUCAUGAACAACAAUUAAAUCGUAAUUUAACAAAACAUGAUAUUGAACGACUACCAGUUAAAGGUGAUGGUAAUUGUCUAUUUUAUGCGCUUGCCGAAGGUCUGAUGUAUGAAAUGAAAGUUGAUCCACAUGAAUUUGGUUUACAAUUACAACGAUUAUUUCGUUUAUCAAAAAAUUUUCGUUUAGUGGAUUUUGCCGAUUGUCUAAGACAAUUAUGUGUAGAUCAAUGGCGAUUGCAUGAAGAUUAUUAUAGUCAAUUUGUUGAUAAAGAAAAAGUUUCAUUUCUUAAAGAAGUUAAAAAAUUUUCUAAAAAUGGUGUUUCUGAUUCAACAUUGGGCGAUAUUGUGCCAUUGACUACUGCAAAUGCACUUAAUAUUAACAUAACUAUAUUUACUUCAGUAUUGAAUUUACCUCGUAUUGAUGUUAAGCCUGAACGCAAGAGUAAUUUAUUACCCUUAACUCAAAAGACAAUCUAUCUAGCUUAUAAUCAACAUGGGAUAGGUCACUAUGAUGCUGCAUAUCCUCGUACUUGA